AAUCCAAACGAACAUUGACAGCAGUCAAACAACAAAAUGUCGGCAGAAAUGGCGUCGCCUCGAAAGUGAUGCGUGACGUUUUCAAUAACUUCCUAUUAUUUCAAUGAAUCUGUAUUAAUUCAAAUCGACUAUUAAUUGAUUUAUUUAUUAUAGAUAACGAAGCUGGUUAUGGCUACACCGAGCAGUUACAAACAAAACACAUCAAUGUCGAUGCCAAGUCCACAAAACAAUCCGCACUACAUGAUUGCUGGGCCCCCCAUGAGUUUCGGUAUGAUGAAAGGCGGUAUGAAUGCACCGCCGCACCAUAACCAAUACCAGUACCACCCGCAAUACCAAGGUGGUCCCCCGAUGGGGCACCCCGGGGGGUACGGGGGGUGGCAGCCCCCGAGCCAACAGCAGCCACGUUUCGGUGCAGAGGGCGCGCGCCGCGCCGCCUCCGGGGGCGCAGGCCAGGGCUCGCAAGCUGGUAAAGAUGAUAAGACCAGCCCUUUCAUAUCUACGUUGCAUUCACAUCCGGGAUUUCAGCCUCAGAAAAUCGGGAAAGGCGCCGGUGCGGGUGCCGGUCUCCCAAAACCGCCAAAGCCACCAGAAAAGCCGCUUAUGCCGUACAUGAGGUAUUCACGCCGAGUAUGGGACAGUGUCAAGGCGGCACAUCCAGAUCUGAAGCUGUGGGAGAUCGGAAGGAUAAUUGGUGGCAUGUGGAGAGACCUGCCCGAGUCGGAGAAAGCUGGGUUUGUGGAGGAGUAUGAAGCUGAGAAGUCCGAGUACGAAAAGACUCUAAAGGCGUACCACAAUUCGCCCGCUUACCUGGCAUAUAUCGCGGCGAAAAAUAAGGCUGUAGCAGUAGGUAACCUCGAGGAGGAGAGUUCUAGCAAGAAAGGCGGCUCGCAGAAGGAACAGCAGCAGCAGGACAGAAGAAUUGACAUACAACCGGCUGAAGAUGAGGAAGAUCAAGACGAAGGCCUGUCAGUGAAGCAUGUGGCGUACGCGAGGUACCUUCGCAACCACCGGCUUAUCAACGAGAUCUUUUCAGAUACGGUUGUACCAGACGUGAGAUCCGUCGUCACCACCGCCAGAAUGCAGAUUCUUAAGAAGCAGGUGCAGUCAUUGACAAUGCACCAAAAGAAGUUGGAAGAUGAACUGCAGCAAAUCGAGGAGAAGUUUGAGGCGAAGAAACGGAAAUUUAUCGAGAGCAGUGAAUCGUUCCAAGAAGAACUUAAGAAGCACUGCAAGCCAGCGGUGGACGAGGACACCUUCCAGCGCAUGGUGGAGCGAGCGCUCGACCAGAUGCGGCGCGGGGCCCCGCCCACCGCGCCCGCCGCCCCCGCCGCCCCCGCCGCCCCCGGGCCCGCGCCCGCCGCGCCCACAGCGCCGCUAGCCUCACAUCCCACACAUCCGGCGCUCUCCCUCGCCGACCAGAAGGACCAGACCAUGGAGCAGGAAGCAAAUAGUAUCAAGAAUGAAGCGAAUGGACCCAAUCCACCCACUCAGGUGGACAAGGUGUCCACCACAGAAGUGAAUAAACCCGAUGGCAAUGUCACCACUGAGCUGAACAAGCCUGAACAGGUUGCUGUGAAAGAGGAGAGUGGUGGAAACUCGCAUGAUGGUGAAGAACGCAAAGAUAUUAAAUUAGAAAAGAUGGAGACAAAGGACCAAGGCGCGGCUGCAGGGCCACCCCCAGCCUCCGGCCCUGGCCCUGCCCCAGCCCCUGGCCCUGCUCCUGGCCCCGGCCCAGCUGGUCCCGCUGGUCCCGCUGGUCCUGCAGGCCCCACAGGUCCCACUGCUCCGCCAGCGGCUGGGCCCGCACCGUCGCCACACCCCUCGCAUAUGACAUCACCGCCUCAUCAUCCAAUGAUGAUGCCUCCAAACCCUAACGCUCCCGCGCACCCAGGACCUCCUCACGCUGGACCCCCGCCACCUCCAGGAAACUACGGCGCGCCAUACGGCGGGCGCUACUACCCUGGCUACGCGGGCGGCUUCCCGGGCAACUACCCACCACACCCGUACUACCCGCCCGCACACCCCUCGCCGCACCCACCGCACCCGUCACACCCACCACACCCGUCUCACCCGCCACACCCGUCUCACCCGUCACACCCGCCGCACCCGUCACACCCCGCGCCGCCCGAACACUACGCACACCACGUGCCGCAUCUCGCGCCGCAUCAUGAAGUCAAGCAGGAGGAACCACCCGCCAAGAAGGAGAGUGAAUGAUUGUCACCGAAGCGCGUCGUGAAACGGCGCCGCAAAUCGUCCUCAAAGGACAACCAGUGAAUGGACACGUUGUGCAUACAAAAUAACCCCCUUAUGCAUGAAGACGUCAUUUGUAUCAUAAACCUUUUUAACUAUGUUUGUCUCUUUCUUUUACACUAAUUCCCAAUUUAAAAGAAAGUGGCAGAACAGUUUAAUAGUUAAAAUAGGUGACAAACCUGGUUUGUUUUGAGUUUUUUUGAAUAAGGGGGUUAGCGUACAAUCUACUGAAAGUGCUUAUAUAGUAUAUAGUGUAACGUAAAAGGUUAAUAGCAGUUCUGCUGCUGCUUGGUGAUAGGUCAUAUAAAGUAUAGUACUGAAGAUAGGGUUACUAUACUAACAAUCCCUUCCCUUUCACUCAGACCGGUAGAUUGUCAACAAAUGUAAAGAGUGAGAGCUUCGGUCAUUAUGUGGUAUAGGUUAUGUCAGUUAUGUACAAUGAAAUAAUAUGCUAUUGCUAUGCAGGGUGAUGAACUAUAGAAAAUUACCGGUUUUUAACAUUUGUUUCAAUUAACUCUGUAUCCAAAGUUCACUUGGCCCUCUAGACAAGUGGCAAGCGAAUUCGUCGAUGGAAUCGACAUCGCUAGCGAGUCCGUGAGUUGGAAUGAGACAUCCGACGUUGCUAUCUCAUUCUAUUUCACAGACUCGCUACCGAUGUCGAUUCCAUCGAUGAAUUCGCUUACCACUUGUCUGGAGGGCCUGGAAGAAAUUGUUUUAGUGAUUCUUCGUCGCUAUUAUUUUCUCAGUAUGACGUUUUUCUUAUACCUUUCUCCUGUUAAUUAUUCUACUAUCAUUUUUUGGAGGGAACAAUAAAGUAUAUUUAUGUAUAAUUAAGGAAAAAUCCCGAGCUAAGCAAAUUGUAUAUCGCGUCAAUGCGCCAUGAUGAUGAUAACUAGAUAAUGUGACCGUAGUAUAUAGUGACGAAUGUAGGGUAGGACAGAAACUUUACAUAUAUUUUUCGGAUAAAUUUCGUGUGAACUAGAUAAGAUCAAGUUUAAAUGUAAAUCUUAAAAAAAUACCUUGUGGUUGUAUAUUUGCCACAAAACUCGAUUCGUCGUGAAAUUGAAUGUCUUUUGAGCCAAGCCUUGUAUUGUAACUUGUAGUUUAGCAAUGAUUGAUGAUGAAAUUGUAGAAUUAAGUACUUUACGCUACUAUAGAAACGGGAUGGUGUUUGUUCAAGGUAUUUAAUAAUAAAAAAUAUAUAAAUA